AUGUAUUCUCGCGUCUCCAAAUACAGUCCCGAAGCCCGAAAGCAGAAGACGUACCGCUCGACGAAAGGCAAAAGCUGCGGCUACUACAUGCGCAUCGUGUUCUUCUUUUCCUCGCUGAUCCAGUCCCUCAUCAUCGUCAGCCUGGUGCUCUUCCUGGUCUACGGGCAGCAGCACGACCCGGCCUCCAACAGCAGUCUGCAGGAUUUGGAGACCCGCUUCAGCCAGCUCACCCUGGAGACCCUGAGUUUGAGGGAGCAGCGGCGGAACCUGACCCUCCUGCUCAACGCCACGGUCCAGGACAAGACCCGCAACGAGUGGGACCUGGCGCAGUGCCGGUCCACGGUCAACGUCUCCUACUUUGUCCUGUUCGAUCUGAAUAAGAAGCUGCAACAGUGCAAUUAUGAGCAGAAUAUGAGACGACCCAACUGCCCAACAGACAUGACAACUCGCAUAAACCCCUUCAUGAUUGGCAACGGUGGCGGCAGCUGCAACUGCGGUAUGGAGAUGGAAAGCUGCAAAGCUCGGAUAGAACUGGAAAAGUCAAACUUCACUCAGAUCGCGAUGAGGAUGCAAAUGGAGAUGGACCAGAUGGCCAAAGAGCGCGACAACAUCAACCUGGAGGUUAUCCAACUCCGGCGAGACAAGUUUGUGAACGAGAAAGCGAUCGAACUCUACCAAAUCAAGUGCAAAGAUGAGUUCGUCAACUCUUUGAGCGGGAUCACCAACGUCUCCAAAGCCUUCCUCACCAAGAUCGACUCCUUGUUCUCGAGAGAUCCUUCCUUCUGGCUGACGUGCCCCAAACAGAUCGAAUACCUCCAGCAGAUCCGGACCAACUGCACCAACCUCUCGGAAGAAGUGGUGCAGAAGUUCCAGAAGUACUUGGACAGCCUGGGCAGCAAGGUGUCCAUGUCGCAGGGGAACAUCAGCGUGUUGACGGCGGAGAACAUAAGGAUGACGCGAGACUACAACCUGUGCAGCCAGAACCGGACGUGGAUGACCAGAGAACACAAGCAGAACGUGGAGCUGAUCCAGCGGCAGAACGACGUAGACAAAGAGAGGCUGCUGAUGGAGAAGAAAAGGCUGAACGGAAACAUUGAGGUCCUGGAGAGAAGCAUUAAGUUCAAGGAUUUGGAACUGGACCAUGUCAGGGAGCAGCUCAAGCUCCUCAACCUGUCGUGCAUGCCCAGAACUGGAGGUGGUCUGUUCCCCCGACCUGCUAGCCAGCCCGGCUCCACGUGGGGUCUCAACACGGGCUCCUCCAGCUCAGGGUUCCCCAACUCAGGAGGCCAGUCAAACCGCAACAACUUUGGCUCCUCUUCUUCCUCCGGCUCCUCUUCUUCCUCCUCCUCCUCAAGCUCCUCCGGGUCUUUUGGGUCAUCCGGAACCAACUCAGGCCUGGGUUCAAGCAACUCUAACUUCAACAAACCAUCUUCAACCGGACUGGGAUCGUCAAGCCUCGGAUCCAGCAGCAGCAGCAGUCUUGGGUCUUCAAACAAGCAGGGAUCAAGUAACCAAGGGUCUUCUUUCGGAUCGUCCAACUCGAAUUUUGGGUCUUCAAACUCCAACCAAGGAUCGUCCAACUCGAAUUUUGGGUCUUCAAACUCCAACCAAGGAUUGUCCAGCUCCAAUUUUGGGUCUUCAAACGCCAACCAAGGAUCGUCUAGCCCCAAUCAAGGGUCAUCCAACUCCAAAUUCGGCUCAUCCAGUUCCAAUCUCGGCUCUUCCAAUUCAAAUUUCGGAUCUUCAAGUUCCAACACAGGGUCAAACUUCGGUUCAUCGAGCAACACAAAUCUUGGUUCCAGUUCUAGCUUAUCGAAGACAGCCCUGAACUCAAAGCCCUCCACUUCCAUAUUUGGUUUGUCCAGCUCCUCAAAUUCAAAUCUGGGUUCUUCCAGCAGCUCCAGCCUCAACAAACUGUCCUCCUCAUCAAGUAAAAGCUCUCCCAGUUCGCCAAGCUCCUCUUCUGGGUCCAGCUCAACGGGGCUCAAUAAGGCGUUUGCUGGAAGCAACACGUUCUCAUUGACUGGACCUAUAUAUAAUGAGCACAUGCAACGGCUGCAGCGGAUCAUCAACCAAGAGACAGGGCCAGAAGAGAGACAGGAGCUUUCCAGGACGAUGGGCUAA